AUGUACCUGAAAGCUGCUGAGCCGCAGCCUGAGCUUUCUCUGUUCCAGGUGGCAUGGUACAAUGAGCUCCUGCCUCCAGCCUUCCACCUGCCCCUUCCAGGACCUACCCUGGCCUUCCUUGUACUCAGCACACCUGCCAUGUUUGACCAAGCCCUCAAGCCCUUCCUGGAGAGCCACUACCUCCAACCACUAACUGACCCAGUGGAUCAGUGUGUGGGCUACCACUUGAGGCGUGUUAUAGAGAGGUUUCCAGAGCUGCAGAUGGAAGUCAUUGCAGACUAUGAGGUACACCCCAACCGGCGUCCUAAGAUUCUGGCCCAGACAGCAGCCCAUGUGGCAGGGGCUGCUUACUACUACCAACGAAGAGAUGUGGAAGAUGACCCUUGGGGAACUCAGCACAUAGCAGGUGUGUGCAUCCAUCCCCGAUUUGGGGGCUGGUUUGCCAUCCGAGGCGUGGUGUUGCUGCCAGGGAUUACAGUGCCAGAUCUGCCACACAGAAAGCCACCUGACUGUGUACCUGCAAGAGCUGACCGCAUAACCCUGCUUGAAGGCUUCAAUUUCCACUGGCGGGACUGGACUUACAGGGAUGCUGUGACCCCUCAGGAACGUUAUUCAGAAGAACAGAAGGCCUACUUUUCUACCCCACCUGCUGAAAGGUUGGCCCUGUUAGGCUUGGCUCAGCCCUCGGAGGAACCUAACACUACAUUGCCUGAGUGUCCCUUUCCUAUGCUCACCAAGCCUCAGAUUCCCAGCAAAGCAAGCAGCUGGCUCAGCCCCAGUGUCUCACCAACUGUGUCCCCUGUUCCUUGAUAUCAUUCUUCUCUAUGGGAUCCCUAAUUUAUGGUGGUACUUGCUAGGGCUUAACUGGCUUUGGUGAGCUAGAUUUUAUUGUAGGGACAGUAUAGCUGCUUUUUGAUAGUAGGCUCAACUUAAAAGGCUGUGUUGGUCAAGAUAAAUCCAAUACAACAGACCCAGAAAUCCCCACUUGGCUUUGGAAUUCAAGAUUAGUCACUGUUAGCAUUCCUAUUAAGUGCUCCAAGGUACUACAUGUUACAGGGCCUUAGGGGCAACCACCCCUUAAGUAGUGACUAAUAAAUGUGAAGCACUUUGAAUGUG